AUGGGCUGCCUGCAGUCCAAAUCAAAGGCGGAGGGAGGCGCCGAGUCCACGUCGGGGCUGCCGCCCUUGCCGAGUGCGGAUGGAUCGCCAGAGUCGGCCGUCUCGGAGACGGGGACAAUUGCGGAGCGAGCCGAGUCGCUGGCGAAGCGGUGGUGCGCGUGCGAGGCGAUGAUGCUGCAGCCCAGCAUGGAACCCGAGCGCGGGGAGAUGGAGCCCGAGCUCGGGGUCGGGGCGGGUGACAAGCUCGAGAGCCACGCGGGUAUGUUGUCGAUGCCGCGAGGGAAGCACGGCAAGGCCAAGGUGAUCGGGGUCAACAAUCAGCCGCCGACGAAAGAGGCGCUCGACAGGCUCGAGGAUCGCAUCUUCGACCGAGAGGCCCAACGACUCAGGCGUCUGCGAAGCUUCAGGGCGACGUUAAACGCGCUGCAGGUCGACCCCACGGCGAGGACGUCCAAGACCGCCGCGGGCAUCGAGGCCCUCGGCGACGCCAUCGGCAAAUUGGACGCCGCGAUUGAGAGCGCGGAGCCCGUCGUCGCCAGGCGAGACGCGCUCAGGGCAGCCGCGACGACCCUCGCGGACGUCCCGGGCGUCGCCGCCGCGAUCCAGGCUGAGCUCAGGCUGGAUCCCAUCGUCCACAAGCCACGGGUCGCGCAGGAGAUCAAGCGCGCGAGGGCGACGAGGGACGCCUACGACGCCGCCGUCGCCGCGGCUUCGACGACGCGAACGUUUCUCCUCGCGACCGUCGCCGCCGCCGUGCGAGGGAUUCGCGAGGUGCAACACGAGCUCGCGGUGCAGAGGGACGGCGCGCACGAUACCCUGCGUCGCGGCGGUGGCGCGUGCAACGCCGCCAACUUCGGUGGGAGGACCGAGCGACACCUCGCGGCGUUGAACGCCGAGCGAGAUCGCCUCGAGACAGUCGCCGGCGUAGCGAGGGCCAUGUCUGCGAGGGCGACGAGGGAGGCGGAGAUGAACGUCAUGCGGGAGUACGAGCCGGAGCUCAGGACGUUACGGGCGCAGCGCGAUGACGCGUUCAUGCGCGGCGCCAGGUCGGUGGCUUUCGACGACGAGAACUGGCGCGCGGUGCCCUUCGCCAGGGCGCUCAUGGCGAGGUUUCGCGAGACGCUCGCGGUGCGAAACGCGUGGAACGGGAUGAUCGACGAGCUCGCGGCCGAGGUGGUGGAGGAGGCCAUCCCCGCGGCGCAGAGGGAGGCGCGGAAUGAGAUCAAGGAGGUGAUGAACGCGGUGUUCGGGUGGAGCUCAUCGAGCGACGAAUCGUCCAGCGACGGGGACGACGACGAGGUCAUCCCCGGAAGCUUUAAAGCGUUGACGCCCAAGACGGCCAAGAGCAGGUGGCGGAGCAUGACGUGGAGGAAGCCGGCGAACUCCCCGAGGCUCACGUCGCUCGCGUCGCGGGCGUUCGCUCGAAAUCCGACGACGUCGUCGAUGCCCGAAGCGGCGCCCGCCCUGCCUCCGGAGCCGACGGGAAGCGAUGAUGCUGACGCGAUGGAGAGCGACGAGACGGAUGAGUUUCAGUCGGCGGCUUCCUCCACGGACGACGACGUGAGCGACGUGUCGUCGGUGGCGACGGAGGAUCUGCCGGUGACGGACGACGAGGGGGAUGAAGCGGGCGGGGACGGGUCGUUGCCGCCGAUGCCCGCCGAGCCGGUGACCAUCUCGGGCCUCCCGCCCCUGCGCGUCGAGUAG